AUGGCUAUCGUAGCCCUCAAGAUAGACUCUGGAUUCCGCGACUUUCAAGAAAAAUUAGCUUUAAAUAAACCAGAUAUUGAUAGCGCAACAGCUACCGGACGGUUUGGAAGUUACAUUUCGAACCAAGCUAGCCAUGAACAUCGUUGGAAAGGCUCUAAGCAUGAAGCGGGCUUUGGUAAACGUUAUUUGUUCCUUGCAAAAGAUAUGCCAAAGGAGCUGAAGUUGAAACAGCCCUCGUUGGAGGUAUCCCUUGCUAAACCAAUCGCUGAUUUAUUCAAUUUGAAGCAUCGUUCAAAUGUACUACUAUGCACAGCCGAUUCAGCUACCAGUUCUGCGUCCCAUGUGGAGAUGUCGUUCAAAGAUCAAUACCUUGCUCGAUCAGACAUGUGGAGAUUGACUGUGGGCGAAAUGGUGGACAAGGCCGUCUACAAGGGACAAAAGAUUUUGUUCAUGGGUACCAUCAAGGCACAAGUUACUUCUGUUUACAUUGGUGGUCGAAAGGUGGAGUCUGCCUUCUUCUCGGCAACCACCAAACCAAUUUUCCGGAGCGAGUCGGCGCGUUAUGUGCUUUUCAUUCAGAUGUCAAGGGAGAUGUGGGAUUUUGACUCCGAAGGCUCAGGAGAAAUAAUGUUCAACAAAGUGGUGAAUGGCUUUCUACCAGCAUUGUUCAAAAAAUGGGUACAGCUCAAAGUGAAGCAUUUAGUCAGCAUAGUCUUAUUUACAAGAGUCGAGUACGACACUGGAUUGGCUUCAGAAUUAGCAAGAUCAUCCCACGACACCGCUUACCAUACGGGCGUGCAGACUGAUGGUAAUAAGAAGCCAUAUAAGGAUUUUUAUCGAGUUGUAGUCAGUGAGAUGGCCAGCGGAGAAUGGACAACGAUUCUCUAUCAGUUGAAGCGCGAGUUUAAAUUCUUUCGAAAAGAUAUCUCUAUGCAUCGGAUUGAGUUAGUCACAGCCUCUGGGGCGCCGUUCUCAGCCACAAAUAAAGGCACUCUUGGAACACGCAUCGAGGCCGAGCCAUCGCUUGCCAUGCAUGGAAAUGUUCUCGAAGCAAUCGAUCUCGCAUCGACCCAAUUCGCACAUGAUUAUAUUGAUCGAGACCUUGUUAGGACUGGAAUAUCCAUCGUCGUUGUAACUCCCUGUGCUGGGCUCUUUGAAGUAGAUUAUGAAACUCUCCGAAAAACCACUGAAAGUCUCAUUGGUAACGGCAUCGGGAUUGACCUAGUUUGUCUCCCAAAAAUGCCACUGCACUCUGUGCCUCUUUUUCGAUACAGAAAUCCUAGAUAUGCUCCAUUUCAAGAGGCAUUACAUUUCAAAGCUCUCCGCAGCGAGGACAGCACUCCGCGUCAGACAGCUCCUAUUUUUGGAAGUUAUUCAUCCCUAAAUGAAUCGCUUUCGCCGCCUAAGGUUCGUGAUAGAGCUUUUCAAAACCCAUCGUUCAAUAAUCGACAUGACCCUAGUGAGUGGAGCUAUGCAAUACCGCACUGGAUUGAUGUAUCUUUUUGGACUGGGGCAUCCCAAGAUCUCCUAUCUACUCAUCCUCUAGCUGAUUCGAGCUUCUUCAAAAAGCGAAUAGCCGAAUCCUCUAGCGAUUUUGCAAUACGUUGUAAGAUGUACGAAAUGGAAAUGGCAAGUGUCAUGGAGAAUGCGAUGACUGAGAUUGCUGUUCCGCCUUUACAGCUAGAUGCAGUCUUCCCUCAAAUGGUAAUUCAAGAAUUACGUGAAUCUGCCGGUCUAAAGAAACAUCCUUAUGCUUGGGAACGCGUGAAGCUGCAGUUCAGUCUCUCGGAAUUUGUUAAUGGGCCGUCAAAACCUAUACUUGAUCGACAUGCUACCCAAGCCGAAAAGAAAUUCGUGAGGGCACUUGAUGCAUACGACGUUAACCAUUCUGAAAUAAUGGAAAUUUUCAAUGGGCCGCAACAGAAAAGUUCGAGUUCACCUUUCAAACCAGGAAGUGAGGAAACUGUGCGCAAGGUUUUUCCAAAUGAUUCUAAAUUAUUUGGUACCUCUUUCACCGAUGAUAGUCCAAAUCCAAGAAGCACGAACAUGCUCGCUGGAGAAAAGCUUGACAAGGAGAAACAAAGCUUGCAGAGAAAUGAUCCUGUGCUACCACGUAAGAGCAGUGUAAGUAAUGCCAUGCCUGCAACAAAAGCACCAGCUGUACGGCCCACAAAAUUGAAUCGACAAAUUAGCCUUGGCAAGUAUGGGUUUGGCAUCGCCGCGCCUAAGGGUGUCGCAGCUGAAUUACACACCGAGAAUGCCAGUGCCGCGAAACCAGUUUCUACUACGUCGAAAGAAUCUGAUUCAAGGAAGAAAUCUACUUUUACUAUGACAAACCAUCUGCUUAACGCUCCAGUAAACCAAGACCGACCGCCAUCUUCGAAUAGUGAAAGGUCAAAGAUGAGGUCUGAUAGCAGUUCCAUCGAAAGCAAACGAACAAUUGAGCUGGAGGCAGAGAAGAGUCCUUCGAUACGCCCCAUGACCAUCAAAAGCGCACUUCAGUCUCUAGAUUCAACAAACCAGUUCAAAUCUAGAUCCGUCUUGAGCUCUUUCUACGAAGGGAGCAGGGGUGAUGAAGAUGAAGACAGGAAUUUGCAGCUGCAGAGAACCAAUGACAAUCAAAAACUCUGGAAUUCGAAAUUGCUAGCAAACGCUGUUCCGGAAUUACCAUCUACUUUAUCUCCAACUACUGCCUUAUCGCCAUGGCUCAGUGUGCUGAAUCCCUCCAAUCCCACAGAUACUGAUGCAAUGGGGAAAACCGUCUACAGAAGAUGGCAACAUGUUUUCCCUAAGCCAAUCCGCACUAGAACAAUGAAGUGGAAAUCCCUCUGUUCCCCUGCAUCUGUCCCAUUGACGACUGAAUCAUUUCCAACAAAGUUUCAACUCGAAACUGAAUAUCAACAAAAGCCAUACAAUAUCUCACAAAAUUUCGAGGAUGAGCUCAGCGAGGACCCGAACAAUAGGGAAGACUUUCUGAGAGAGCUAAUCAGCUUACGACUUUCCCAGGGUUUUCAGAUCGUUAUUGGUCCAGCUGUAGCUGAGGCAUUUGGACAAAAAUCGUUGAAGAUCGCGAAUGUGUUUGACCGUGAUCGUAUCGCCGAAGAUGGAGCCAGCGUAUUCAUGUCAAUGGGCAACAUAAUUCACCAAUUAUCAUGCGUGAAUGGUACCGAGGUUGAAGUUAAUAUGUUUGUCCGGAAACCAACAGCUUUGACUACACCUAGCCCAGGAACUUUGGAUCCAUCCGGGUACUAUCCGGCAAUUCAGACAACUCUGAGUGAUACCUACGUAUCUCGCAGAAUGACAUUAGGGCGGUCGAAGGAUGAAUAUAAUUGGAAUUACGUAGAUUCCUUCAUUGCGGGUUUCGAAGACGACAUGACCGAACAUCUCCGAUUCUGGCGUGCAAGGUUUGUGCUGAUUCCUGUGGCGCGCCCAACUCAAUCACGACGUGACAAUAUGAGAGGUGAGGACAAUGAGGAGGAAGUCCGGCUAGAAGGUAUCAGGAAGCUCACUCAAAUGUGGCAAAGCCACAGAUAUGUUCCAUCUUCAGAGAGACGUUUCCAGAGUCUUGCUUCUAGGAAAAUAAAAGAUUCCAAUCCUCUCGAUAUCGUGUACAAGACUGAGGAUCCAUCCGUUGUUGUUAGCGCAGAACUCGAAACUUUACCUCUCGUUGAGAGUAGUGAAAAUACCAGCAGACGUGGGCAGUUACUAGAAACGGAUCGUUUUCGAAAAUCAAAGCUUGAUGUUGCCGCCUUGGCGGAAGCUAUUCAAGCACCUGUCGAAAAGGGUGGUGUUCGCAUGCAGAAUAGAAGAUGGCACUUUCGCCUUCAUUACAACUGUUUCAUUGGCUCGGAUAUGACGACCUGGUUGCUUGAGAACUUCGAGGACAUUGAAGAUCGUGAUCAAGCGGUUGAGUUAGGCAACUUGCUUAUGGUCGAUGAGACUCAUAGGCUGAGAGAGAAGGAUCUUGGCAAAGACAGAGAUAGAGAUGCAGGAAUAUUUGUCCAUGUUGAAAAACGUCAUCCUUUCAGGGAUGGACAAUACUUCUAUCAAGUUACUGGAGAAUUUGCUAAACAGCGACCAGAUAGUCGUAGUGGUUGGUUCGGUUCUCGAAGACGUGAAAAUUCUGUGCCUUCGACACCGAUGUCAGAUGUCAUGCCUAAAGACUCUCCACGGCCAGAUAGAGCGAGAUCUAGCUCCACGCAAGACGAUAGUUCAAAUGAUUCAGGUGUGCAAACCCCAACAACAAAUGGUGGGAAAAGACCCAAGGUCUCUCUAAGUAAAGUUAUGAAGUAUGAUGUCGACCAUCGAAAACGUUCUUAUCGUCCCGAACUUAUCAAUCUUCACUAUGAUCGUCUUCAUAAUCCUGACAAUUGUUACCACAUUCGGAUUGAUUGGCUCAAUGUUACAGCUAAGUUGAUUGAAGAUGCCAUACACACGUGGGCAACAACUGCAGAACAACACGGCCUACGACUAGUCGAAGCACCAAUUGGCGAGGCAUGUUCUAUUGCUUCAGUUCAUCCAUUCAGGAGCCCUUACUUGAUCGAAUUAUCAUUGCAGCCUCCGGAUCAACAGCCACAAACAUACUUUGAUGUCAAUUCAUUCACCCCGCAAGUACAAACUGCCCAGUCUAAUCGACAUUAUUACCAAAAAGCGAUCAUGAAAAAAUUUAAUUUCGUUCUUGAUAUUGAGGCAGCGAAGAACUUUCCAAGCAAUGUUGAUGUGACAUAUUCAUGGGGACGACCUGAUUAUACCUAUACCCAGUACAUUCAUAGAUCCGGGGUUUUACUUGCUCAAAUUACGGAUGAAGGUCCUUCUCUCCCCAAUUCAAAAUUAGCUACCACUUGUAGCAUUAAUCCCGACAUCAUCAAAGCUGAACUAGAAGAAUUCUGUCACGAUAGCUGGAAGUUGGAACUUUUUUAUAAAGAAGUUUUUGAAAAAGUGACACCACCUCAUGCGACGCCACCAACUCUAAGAAGCUCAUACCCUGCUAUGUAUCUUGAUUCGAAUAUCCCGACAUUAGGACUACCGCCGGGGAUUUUGGCGAGGGAUGGCAGGGAUAGCAGUCCGACACCGAUGAGGUUGGAGCGGGUCCCAGGAAUAGGGAGUAGUUUGCCGAUUCUUGGGAGAAGACCCAGUGUGCAAAUGAGUAUUGGGACUAAUGCGAGUGAUACGUCGAGGCAGGAAAGUCCGAGGGGGAGUAUAGCUGAAGGUUAA